AUGCUUCUCAACGCUUCCUUUAUUGCUGCCUGUCUGCUUUUGGUCAACUUUCUAACGUACAACUUCAACGACGACAAACCCCUCCCCCUACACCGACGACAAACUUCCUCUGCCGGUUUACCUGCCUUGAGCGACGAAGCUAAAGCAGCACUAGAAAAAACCAAGUUAGAUGGGAAGGCCAGACUUGAAGCUGUGACUGCUGCGGGUGGAACUGUUACUGAUAGAGAAAUAUUAUUGGUUAUCAAGAAGGCUGCUGAGGAAAACCCCAAGAAGGAUCAUCCUAAGGCUAUAACCGAUGGAUUUAUAGCUCUCACAGACCAAAAGCUUGCAGAAGCCAAGAGCGGUAAAUCUUCAUCACCACAACGACGACAAACUUCCUCUGAAGGUUUACCUGCCUUGAGCGACGAAGCUAAAGCAGCAUUAGAAAAAACAAAGGCAGAUGGGAAGGCCAGACUUGCAGCUGUGACUGCUGCGGGUGGAACUGUUACUGAUAGAGAAAUUUUAUUAGUUAUUAAGAAGGCUGCAGAGGAAAACCCUAAGAAGGAUCAUCCUAAGGCUAUAACUGAUGGAUUUAUAGCUCUCACAGACCAAAAGCUUGCAGAAGCCAAGAGCGGUAAAUCGUCAUCACCACAACGAAGACAAAAUUCCUCUGAAGGUUUACCUCCCUUGAGCGACGAAGCUAAAGCAGCAUUAGAAAAAACAAAAGCAGAUGGGAAGGCCAGACUUGCCGCUGUGACUGCUGCGGGUGGAACAGUUACUGAUAGAGAAAUAUUACUAGUUAUCAAGAAGGCUGCUGAGGAAAACCCCAAGAAGGAUCACCCUAAGGCUAUAACUGAUGGGUUUAUAGCUCUCACAGACCAAAAGCUUGCAGAAGCCAAGAGCGGUAAAUCUUCAGCACCACAACGACGACAAACUUCUUCUGACGCUUUACCUCCCUUGAGCGACGAAGCUAAAGCAGCACUAGAAAAAACGAAGGCAGAUGGGAAGGCCAGACUUGCAGCUGUGACUGCUGCGGGUGGAACAGUUACUGAUAGAGAAAUAUUAUUAGUUAUCAAGAAGGCUGCUGAGGAAAACCCCAAGAAGGAUCAUCCUAAGGCUAUAACUGAUGGAUUUAUAGCUCUCACAGACCAAAAGCUUGCAGAAGCCAAAGCUAAGUCAUCAGCUUAA